CCGAUCGACAGACAGCUCCUGCUGGCAUCCUACUCGCGUUGCCCACCCACCAUCACGCGCAUCCCCAAGGCCCCAACUACUAAUAAAGCCCAUCGUUACCAUACGCGCAUGCGCAGAGAGAUAGAUCAACUUCCCUUCUCGCGACCCAGCAAUUGCAAGUGUUCUUCCUCCUCGUUUCCGGUUCAAAGACUGCAUCUUUUGAGGUUUCUUGUCUGGAGAGCAGCCGGAUCUUUUCCAGGAGGUUUCGAUUUGCGCCGUUGCCCACUGGCCGCUCGAUUUGCGUGUCGGUGGAAAGGCUGGACGAAUUCCAGUCCUUAAGGCUCAGUUGGUCUUCCGCACACCUUGCUUUCCCCCCUACGGUGCUGAUUGCUGGAUUGACACUUUGUUCCCUGCGUUUCGUUGCUUGAUUUGGCCAAAGACGUGCCCAUUAUCUGGAGAUGCCUUUUCGGAGUAUGGUUCGUGAUUUAAGAGAAAGCUUUGGUAACAUAUCGAGGCGUAAGUUUGAGGUGAGAAUUUAUCACAGAGGGAAGUCUCUUGGAUCUUCAAGUGACCUGCAAGACGGGCCUAUGGUAAUUCAGCAAAGCAGAUGGGCUAGCCUUCCUCCUGAGUUACUCCGCGAUGUGAUGAAAAGGUUGGAGGAAGAUGAGAGUAGUUGGCCAUCCCGCAAGGAUGUUGUUUCUUGUGCCUCUGUUUGUACAACCUGGAGGGAUGUGUGUAAGGAUAUAGUGAGAAGUCCAGAAAUUUGCGCAAAGCUCACAUUUCCAGUAUCUCUUAAGCAGCCUGGACCACGAGAUGGAGUGAUCCAAUGUUUCAUAAAAAGGGACAAAUCAAAACUGACGUACCGUCUCUACUUGUGCCUUAGCUCUGCUGUGCUUGAUGAGAACGGGAAGUUCCUGCUAGCUGCCAGGAGGAGCCGGAGGACUACGCACACCGACUAUGCCAUUUCUAUGGAUUCAAAAAAUUUCUCGCGAUCGAGUGCUGGAUACAUUGGGAAGUUGAGGUCAAAUUUCCUUGGAACCAAAUUCGUCAUUUAUGACACACAGCCUCCAUUCAACGCGGGGAGACUUUGCUCACAGGAACGGCCCCCUAGCCGUCGGUUGUCUUCCAGGAAAGUGUCACCAAAAGUUCCAGUGGGUAGCUACCCCAUUGGACAGGUGAACUAUGAGCUGAAUGUGCUCGGCACCCGGGGGCCAAGGCGGAUGCAAUGCACUAUGCAUUCCAUCCCAGAGUCAGCAGUAGAGCCUGGCGGUGUUGUGCCUGGGCAACCGAAAGAGCUCCUUCCGAGGUUAUUCGACGAGUCCUUCCGCAGCACAGCAACUUCCUUCUCCAAAUACUCCAUCGCAGAUAGCUCCAUGGACUUGAGCAGUUGUCGGUACUCCGAGUGUGGUGGAGGAAACCCGCAGGGUGGCGACGCUGCAGACAAGGAGAGGCCCCUGGUUCUGCGCAAUAAGGCGCCAAGGUGGCACGAGCAGCUGCAAUGCUGGUGCCUCAACUUCCGUGGGCGUGUGACGGUGGCAUCAGUCAAGAACUUGCAGCUGAUAGCUUCUGUGCCACCGGCAGCUUCAGCAGGGGCUUCGGCGCAGCCCCAGGCGUCGGUUCCGUCCUCGACGUCAAGCCAUGACACGGUGAUCUUGCAAUUCGGCAAAGUUGCAAGGGAUAUAUUCACCAUGGACUACCGGUACCCGCUGUCGGCUUUCCAGGCCUUCGCCAUAUGUUUGACCAGCUUUGACACGAAGCUGGCCUGCGAAUAAUAGAUGAGAUGGGUUGGUAGGAAGGGUAGCAUAGCAGGUAGCAGUGAGAGUGUCUGUUUACUGUCUGUAUGUGAUAAGCAGGGCAUUCAGGUGUGCUUGUACAGAACAGCUAUAGUAGCUGUUGAUUCGAGUCUUGUUCUGUGAGGUGUGCUUCUGAAACCUGAAAAUGGCUUGAAAAAAGUGGAAAAUGUUGUGUGAGGGAAGCAAUAUGAGCAGAGAUGUUCAUUUCAGU